GGAUUAACUAAUAUAGAUAAUAAAAGCUUUAAAUAAAAUAUAGUAAUUGAAGAAUAAUAGAAGUAUUGCCUUCUGAAAUAUUUGAUUUAAAUUAAUUUAAUCGAUUGUUGUGGAUUUUUCGAUAUAUUUAGUCGAUAUGAAUCGAUAUGCAGUCGAUAUGUUAGAAACGGCAGAACGCCCUAAUUUGAUACCUUUUCAGGAUACUCAGUAUAGUUGGACGGAUGAUUUGCCAGUAUGUAAACAAUCUGGUGUAGGAUUUUCUACGAAUAUAAUUUAUCGUGAGGAUGGGUAUAGACAGGAGGAACAUCCAUUUGAAGAUCGUAGCUUUCACUGUCGCUAUGACGAUUCAACGUUCCUUUAUGGAGUAUUUGAUGGGCAUGAAGGCACAAAAGUUGCAAAUUUUGCUAUGCAGCGAAUGGCUGCAGAGAUAUUACUUGGACAAUUAAAUGGUAAAUCAACAGAUGAAGAAGUUAAAGAGGUUCUUAGACAGGCGUUUAUAGCUGUGGAAAGAGGAUAUUUAGAUUCUAUUGGAGACCUUUUGGCUGAAAGGACCAGUUUGCAAUUUGAUAUACCCGAUGGAUUAAACUCCUAUGAAACUUAUCAAAAGUUUCCGCAUUUGGUUGAUAAGUUAAAUGCUUUAAAUUGUGAGCUAUCAGCAGGAACUAGUGCAGUUGUAGCUCUUAUAUAUCGUGGAAAAUUAUAUGUUGCUAAUGUUGGCGACAGUAGAGCUUUAUUAUGCAAAACAGAUGCUAAUCAAGUGUUAAGAGUUGUACAACUAAGUGUAGAUCAUGACUUAAGGAAUGAAGAUGAAUUGUUAAGAUUGUCUCAUUUAGAAUUGGAUAUUGAUUCUAUAAGGCAAGGAUCUCGUAUUGGAAAUCAGGAAACUACACGUUGUCUUGGGAACUAUCUUGUCAAAGGGGGGUACAGAGAAUUUGAAGAAUUAGCAUCUGCCACAGCAGAACCUGUCAUUGCAGAACCAGAAAUUCAUGGUGGCAUAGAACUUGAUGACUCCUGUAAAUUUUUAUUGCUUAUGUCUCGUGGUCUAUAUAAAUCAUUAGAGGAAGUAACUGGAGUUGAUCAAGUUAAUAUAAAAUUAAUUAAUUUUGCAGUUCAAGAGUUUCAGGUACAGUCCACUUUAACAGGUGUUGCUCAAGCUGUUGUAGAUAAAGUUGUAAGAAUUCAUCAUGACAUUAAUAUGAGUAAUUUACAAAGUACAGUAACAACUGGUAAACGAGAUGAUAUAACUCUUCUCGUACGAAAUUUUAAUUUCCCGCUUCCUCAUGCAUUGAAAAGUCCAACUAAUCAAUCAGUCAGAUUUAACCCAAUUGUAGAAUCUGCUCAGAUUACAACAAUGCUAGAGAACGAGUAUUCAAGUACAAGCGUUACAGAAGAAAAUUCCGAUUUUUCAACAACUGAAACUUCAUCAACAUCAGAUAUGUAUCCUUCUGGUGCAAAAUCGACAAACAAAAACUCUAGAAUUAAGCCUUAUGUUAAUUUUUCUGAAUACUAUGAAAAUGUUGAAAAGAGACGGCGAGAAGGAACAUUACCAGAAGGUAUCAAUUUUUGAGAAAUAUUAAGUGUGCGCUAUAUCUAUAAAUUAAAAAAUCACAUUUAUAUGUAUAUAUAUAUACGUAAAUAUUACUUUGUCUUUUAAAUAAGAAUUAGAAAUAAAUAAAUUAUUUAUUCAAAUUGUA